CUUCUCAAAAUGAUAAUAAACUAGUUAAAAGAAAAAAGCAAACAAAUGUUAGCCAAUACUUGUAUCAUCCAUUACCUGAUAAUAUUCAGCAACAAUUUGAGCAACAUAUAAUUCGUGGAACAGUAGCAAGUGGAUUACCAUUUAAAUGGAUACAGGAUGAAGAUAUUGUAGCUGCUUUUAAGCUUAUUAAUCCUACAAUUAAAUUACCUUCACGUCACAAAUUAAGUGGAUCUAUUCUAAAAAAAGAAUAUAAAAAAGUUCUUGAAAUGAGUCAAUUACGAGGCAAAAUUAUGCAAGAACGCAAGUUAAAAUCUAUUGAAAAAGCAGCAAGACAAAUUCACAAUCCACAUAUCGUAUUACCGAUAGUUUCUGAUUCAGAAGAAAACUAUUCAUCUCAAGAUUCGGAUUUGGAACUUGAUCAAGUUGAUGAUAAUAGAACUAAUAAUGAUAUUCAUUGGGAGGAAGUAGUUGCGAAUUGGUUAAUGCUUUUAAAAAAUGAGCAGUUUGAAGAAGAUUUGGAUUUGACGGAAAUAGAUGAAACAGUUCAUCCUGCCACUAGCCAAGAAGCUAAAUGGCCUUUAUUACAAAUUUUUCAAGAUAAUAUUGAGCAACCCGAUUCAUAUAAUUUGUUAUUGGGAAAUUAA